AGUAAGAAUAAGAAGAAGAAACCAAACACAUAAACACACACACACAAAACUUAUUGAGAGAGAGAGAGAGAGAGAGAGAGCUAGAGAGAGAGAGCUUACAUAGAUUUGGAUAAUUCCCUUGUUUCUUAUUUGUUUUAGUGUAAUGGAAUACCAAGAAGAAGCAGCAGUAGCACCACCACCACCACCACAACCCACCACCUCUCCCUCCUCCUCUGUCGCCGCCGCCGCCUCCUCGCGCUUCAAACGGAUCUGCGUAUUCUGCGGCAGCAGCUCCGGAAACAAGCCCAGCUACCAAAUCGCCGCGACGCAACUCGGACAUGAAUUGGUGGAGAGGAACAUAGAUUUGGUGUACGGUGGGGGGAGUGUUGGGCUCAUGGGACUUGUUUCUCAAGCUGUUUACAAUGGUGGAGGCCAUGUUUUAGGGGUUGUUCCAAGGACUCUAAUGCCUAAAGAGAUAAGAGGAGAGACGGUAGGCGAGGUGAGAGCCGUCUCCGGCAUGCACCAACGGAAGGCCGAGAUGACCCGCCGUGCCGACGCCUUCGUCGCCUUGCCCGGUGGCUAUGGAACUUUGGAGGGUCUCCUUGAAGUGAUAACUUGGGCUCAACUAGGGAUUCAUGACAAACCAGUGGGUUUGUUGAAUGUCGAUGGCUACUACAACUCUCUGCUGUCGUUCAUCGACAAGGCGGUCGACGAAGGAUUCAUCACGCCGGCCGCCCGACGUAUCAUCGUUUCCGCACAAAGUGCUCGCGAGUUGUUGUCGAAACUCGAGGAUUAUGUUCCAAUGCAUGAUGAAUCCGAGCUUGUUCUAAGUUGGGGGAUGGAGCAGAUAUGUCACUCGCCGAAAUCGGAAAUUUUUCGUUGAUUUUACGAACUCCUUUGUUAAUUAAUUUUGCAUCAACAAAUUAAUGUAGCCUCUAUCUAAUCUUCUUGUGCUAAUCAUUAGUGUAGUUAAUUUCUUCUCAA